GUUCUAAAGUUUCAAGCCCUAGUUCUGUUCCGUCUCUCUUAUUAUCCCCCUUUCUCUCUCUAUUCCCACACCCCCUAUAUAUACACACACACACACAAAUUACACACACAAUCACUCAUAUAUUUAGUGAGAGAGAAAAUGACAGCAGUGGAUUUGCAGUUACCUCCUGGUUUUCGAUUUCAUCCGACGGAUGAGGAGCUAGUGAUGCACUAUCUGUGCCGGAAAUGUGCGUCGCAGCAGAUUUCUGUGCCCAUUAUUGCAGAAGUUGAUCUCUACAAGUAUGACCCAUGGGAUCUUCCAAAUUUGGCCUUGUAUGGAGAGAAAGAGUGGUACUUCUUUUCGCCUCGGGACCGGAAGUACCCGAACGGUUCGAGGCCUAACCGGGCGGCCGGGAGUGGUUAUUGGAAGGCGACGGGUGCCGAUAAGCCGAUCGGGAACCCGAAAGCGGUCGGAAUUAAAAAGGCGUUGGUGUUCUACGCCGGAAAAGCGCCCAAGGGACAGAAAACCAAUUGGAUUAUGCAUGAGUACAGACUUGCCGAUGUGGACCGCUCGGCUCGCAAAAAUAACAACAGCUUAAGGGUAAGGUUGGAUGAUUGGGUGUUAUGUCGCCUAUACAACAAAAAAGGGUCCAUGGAUAAGCAAAACAUCAGUAGCAGCCGGAAAGUGGUGAGCAACUACUCGGAAAUUGAGGAAAAGAAGCCGGAGGUUUUGACCCACCUCGGCCCUAAAGCUGGUGGGUUACCUCCGGCGGUGGCGCACAAUGAGUUCAUGUACCUCGACACAUCGGAUUCGGCCCCGAGGCUGCACACGGACUCGAGCUGCUCGGAGCACGUGGUGUCGCCGGAGUUCACGUGCGAGAAGGAGGUGCAGAGCGAGCCGAAGCUGAAUGAGUGGGACAAAGCUGCCCUUGAUUUCCCGUUUAAUUACAUGGAUGCCACAAUGGACAACACUUUGUUCGCUUCUCAGUUCCAGAAUAAUCAGAUGUCGCCGUUGCAGGACAUGUUCAUGUACCUGCAGAAGCCGUUCUAAAGUGGUCCCACCAGAAGAAAUAUUUAUAUAUUUUUUGAUCGGUGCACUGGAUGCUCACACGUGACACAGGAGACUGAAUGGUCUGUGAGUGUGAAUCCUUGAGGGCAUUUUUGGGGACUUGUGAUGGUUUAGACCUAGAACAGAUGGAUAGUUUUGGGUAGUGACCCAAAUGGUGGUUAGUUCUGGCUGUGCUAAUACAAUGCUGUUUAUAUAUGUAACUGGUACAUAUGAUGAUUUUGGGAAGGUUAGGGUGGGGUUUAUAAUAUUUUCAUGUAUUUUGGUUUUAUUAUCAAAGGUUAAUGAUGUUUUAUCUA